AUCAUCGUGGAGAUAGCGGCCGCUUCCGCAUUGCAGCGCGUGCUCCUCUUUCUCUUUUGCUCGCGAACGGCCAUGUUGAAUACUUCUCACGGCGCGCAACUGGGUCAACGAGUUUUCUCUGUGUUCUCGCUAGAUUCGUCGUGAUUUCGCCAAAACUUUACGGGGACAGCGACUUCGAAAAUUCUCGAUCCUGAAAUUACGCGUUCUCGUGAAAAAUUCUCGUGUUCGUUAGAAAAUCGACUUAUUCGUGACACGAGGCGGAGCAUGUGCUCCGCGAGUCUAACGGUUUCUCUCGCGAUUCGAAUGCCACGAAGAGAAGACCGCAAAUACACAGUGCCUUCGUGGAAGAGGAAGACAGCUACUGGAAAAACCCACAUCCACGUCGUCGGACAAAGGGAGAGAUCGAACAUAGCUGAAGCGAAAGAGAAAGAGAGAGAGAGAGAGAGAAAAAAAGAAACGGAAGUGUGUGCUCUCUCUCUCUCUCUUUCUCACUGGGUUUCCAAGAUGGCGACGGCGAGAGCGCGCGCAACUUGGUGUGGGGCAACUGUGACGCAACCAUCACGUGACCUGAUCGUGCGCCGCGCCGCUGCCUCGCUGGCGCGGGCCCCGCAGUGUGUGAUCACGUUUUAUUACGAGACGACGACGGCAGCGGUGGCUCAGCGCGCGGCGCUCGGCGAGUUUUUUCUCUCUCUCUCUCUCUCUCUCCGAGCCCCGAAGAAUUUCGAGGAAGAGUUCUCAUUGUCUUCGCUUUUUAUUCGCUCGGUCAGUGGGGGUGAGAAACUGGCUUGGCUAUGUACUCCCCAUUGUGGACAGUCAGUCUUUUUCUCUCUCCUAUUGGCCCGGCGAGAAUAUCAUCGUGUAUGCAGCACUGGAAGAAUCGACGGUCGAAGACACACACACUCUCUUUAAAGAUAGGUGAAAAGUCGUGUUACAAGCACAGGCUCAGCAGUGAAAAUCGUGUGCCCUCAGACCGUAUAUGAGAUUGAAUUUUCAUGACGAAACGAGGCUUUGGGUUCACGGGAGACACUGCGGCGAGUUUUCUGGCUAGUCUACUGUAUGCGACUUUUCCCGAUAACACGCGCCGCUAUCUUCGUAUAAGCUAUAUCGCUUAUAAAGAGCACGUUUUUUAUACUAUACUUGAUAUCAUUGUUCUAUAUUUCUCGAUGUUUGCUUCUCUAUGUUUCAAAGUGUCGAUGUUGUAUAUAUAAUCUUUUUCUUCUCCACGACUCUGUAAUUAUACUUGUUUUUUUCAAUACCUAUAUUUCUAUACAUUAAUGCUAUAUGUGAGCAACCAUUUUCUGUGUACGAAGUCUGCGAGCCACACGCGAAGUGCGUCGUUCCGUACGUUUCCGAACGUAUAUGAAUCGAGUUCUCGGUCUUUAUCUAAUCCCGCGUGAUUUUUAACGAGAUUCUGUAAAUUUCAUCGUCGAGCGAGGAACUAUAAAUUCCCGACUAGCUUCGAUUUUAUAAAAAUAGUCCCAACAACAACAACAACAACGACGAAAAAAAUGAAGAAACCGCCGCGCUGUCGGUUCGAAAAAAAAAUUUCGAAAUAACGACCGUUAGCGCGAGAAAAAGCUUAAAAAGAGCCGUGUACACAGCAGCAGCUCUCUCUCUCUCUCUCUCUCUCUCUCUCUCUCUCUCCCUCGGCUCGUGUCGAUCGUAACGCGAGAGCGGCCGCGUUAACGAUAGCGAGCUGCUCCAUGCGAUGGAAGUAUAGAAAAAUGUAGGUUAAUUCUAGAGCCGAGCCGCGCGCGCUGCGUUUCUUUUCGCCUUUCAUUCGGCCUCGCGCGCACACGCUCAUUGUCGCGAGAGCUCUCGUGUAUACGUACACUAGUACAACUCGCUCUCCUGAGGAGGAAAGCCCAUCGAACGAAACGAAGGGACACGCGCGAGCCGCCGUUCACCGUUCGCCGCUUACACUUUCUAAAUCCGCUUACUUUCGUAAUAUCGACGAGAAAGAGACUGCGCGCGUUUUGUGUCACGCGCGCAGCGAGGUAUGGUAUAGGCCGGUGCUGACUGGUUUCUGUGUGUAUAGAAGUGUGUAUAGAUGAAGGGGAUAUAGUCGCGCGUGCGAGGAGGAUAUCGGUGCGUGUAUACACACCUGCCUACGGCUCAAUGAGCGCUCGCGACGCCUGAUGUUUCUCUGUUUUCGAUAUAGGAGCUUUCUAUUUUUUCGGUUUGGAAAUGAGCGCGCUGUAUUUUGAGACGACUAUUUUCAGAUAAUUUUUAAGAGACCGUCGGUUUGAGGAAUCCAACGAGGAUAAUUUCGAGGAAAGCCCAACGUAAACGCACAGAAAUAUUUGCCACCAUCGCAAGAGAAGAACAAAUUUCAGAGCCAAAAAGGUUCAUCGACACGCAUACGAACGAGCUUUGAGAUAUCGCAUACACGCAUUAUACUCCGCGCAGCGCAACACACACUCGUGCAUUUUUCUAGAGCGCGCGAUAGAUGUAACGAGAGAGCCCCGCGCACGCGGCAUUGUGGAAUAGCUCGAAGCCGCACGGAAAAAAGCCUCCUAUUGUACAGCUCUCUCGGAGAGCGAUUGUCAGUUCGGCGCGAUGUUAAUUUAUGUAAAAGACGAGCCGCGCGUUACACAAGCCCCUUUUUCAUGCGCGUUCGUCUCUCCCUUUUGGUUUUUCCAUUGUCUCCGCACGUGAGUCGAGUUUUCACUCCUUCUGCGCGGUAUGUUUUCUCCGAGAUGACGGAUUUUUCGUCGUCGAGUCUCUCAGACCACUUCUUUUCCCGCGUGCAUUUCGUAAAAGUGCGACGAGGGUAUUACGACGUCGGAAUACUUUUUCCAAGCUAUAGCGAGAGAGAGAGAGAGAGAGAGAGAGAGAAAAAAACGUCGCUCACGUAUACUCCAGAGGGAGCGAGAGCAUCUAACGACGCCGAUUAUUCCAAACUCGGCGAGGCGGACACGCAACGAAAAGUAAACGAGUCGUGCAUGUAUAGCGUGUGUAGAUGUGCACUUAGCUUAUGUGUGCAUGUCCCUGAUAGCUUGCACUCGGCUUUUUCUUUUUUAAACUUUUAUUUAAAAAAAGAGAGGUUUCUUUUUUUACGGCGUAUUAAAUUACUGCUCUCGAACUUUAUCCAAGUAGAGACCAUUUAUCAAAAUCCAGUGAAAACGGCCGGAUUCGAAAAGACCGCAUCAACCCCAUCGUAUAGCAUCCUCGAUUCUCCGCAGCACGCGCCACACACUCCAUGCACAUCAGGCCGUCUCUCUUUAUCUCCGCGACAUUUGCACACGUCCGCGUUAUAUGAAGAAGCAGAAGAAGCCCGCGCAAAUUCCCAGAGGCCUUCUCCCGCGUUUAUAUUUACGCUCGCUCGUCCUUUUCGCCGCUGCUGCUGCUGCUGCGUGCGCUGUGUACAUACGCCCCGGCUCUGCGGAACACGUGUGCGGAGAGCGCAAAUGACGGAAGCCAUUUUCUUUCGAGGACGCGCUCGCUACUCUCUCUCUCUCUCUCUCUCUCUCUCUCUCUCUGAUGUGACUGUGCAGUGCGUACAUGUAAAUAAGCAUCUUUUUGCAUCUCGGUCACGUAACGCGACCGAAUAUUACCGCGUGGUAAUCUCGCGAUGAGAUAUACCAAGCGAAUUUCAAGCGGCAGAGCUUUACGUUGUCUUUUUCGAAAUUCGAAUUUCCCGCCAAAAUUGUUGGAAACGAGACUUUUGAAAUGAUGCUUACUUCGCGAUAUGCAGCGCCGAAUUUCGAAGAGCUCCGACUUUAUAUCUGAUAUGCGCCGCCGAGAUGCAGGCUCGCCUUGAAUACUGAAUUUCCGCGUACGUGUAUAUUUUUCUCACGCUUUAGCCUUGUAGCCCGAUCACGCAAGAUUCAUGCAAAUUCGAGAACGAUGCUACGGUAGUAGUGUAUAUAGGAGCCGAUGCGGAGUUUGUCGUAUUUUCCAGACUGUCGCGGAGGAAGCAUAGGAGACCUUCGAUUUUUUUUUGUUCUUCUCUCCUUUCGUGCUCGAGUUGGCAGAAAUUUUCGCGCAAAGUGCCGCCGCGCUCGUGAGGGAAAUUCAAAUGUCAAAUUUAUCUUCGAUCGAAUUUUACAAACAGUUUACUGGUAUACGGAAUAAUCUCCACUGUGCAGACGCUUGUGUAUUAGCGAGUAUUACCGAAUACGCCAUUGGUGUGUUGCGAAAGGCUCGCGUAUGAGUAUGUAUAUAGAUAAGGAUACACACUUGCUAGACGUCGGGCGAUUUAUCUCCAUAAUUAUACAUUCACAUAAAGCGUAUAACAGUAUGGCCAUAUAUUAAAAAAAAAAGAAAAGAGGUCACUUUCAAAUCAACGCCUUCGAAAGUCA